UAUAAUAUAAUAAAAUUUAAUAAAAUUAUAAUAAAAUUAAUAAAAUUGGUGAUGAUAAAAUUAUAAACUCAAAUUAUUAACUUUCGUAGUAUCAGAGUUUAACAUCACGGCAUUGAUGGUUCAUGACAUUCAUGCGGUGUGAAUUUAUUUUUCUAAAUUUUAUUAAUAGGAAACUAAGUAGCAACAUGUUCGAUACGAAUUUUAUAAAUGAAGACUUUCAUAAUUGAUAAGCAAUCGUCAUAUCAUUUUUUAAAGUGUUCUGGCUCUUAUUAUCAUUACGUUGGCCAGAACAACUUAACCUUUGAUGAAAUAUGUUUCCACCGAAAGACUUGGAGAAAUCAGAUUAUAUUAGUUUAAAUAUCCAAGAAAGUGCAACAUUUACGCGAGGAUCAUCACGUAGUCUUUGGAGACAAUGGAAUCAGUUGUCAAGGUUUCAAAGAAAUAUCCUUUAUUUCUUAAUUAUUACAAUCAUAUUAGUUAUAUUUUAUCUUUUACCUGGUGAUAAUAAAAAUGGAGUUUUAGAUGAAAGUGAUUAUAAUAACAUAGAAGUACAAGAUACUCUUAAAUAUGAAAAGGCAGCAGAAGAUAUUGUAGUAGAUAGUAUAAAUCAAGAACAUAAAGGAGGUGGGGAGGUCAUUGAGGAACCUGAAUUCCAACCAGAAAUAAACCAGGUGGACGAUGAUCAAAUUGGAGAACCACCUCAACCUAAACCAAAUACACUUAAAUUUAAUGGACCACAGAAUAAUAGACAGAAAGCUAUAGUUGCAGCAUUCAAACAUUCAUGGAAUGGAUAUAAAGAAUAUGCUUGGGGUUAUGAUAAUAUAAAACCAAUAUCAAGAAAGUAUUAUGAAUGGUUUGGCUUAGGUCUCACUAUAGUUGAUUCUCUUGGUACUAUGUAUAUAAUGGGUUUAAAUAAUGAAUUUUUAGAAGCUAAAAUGUGGGUUGAAAAAAAUUUAGUAUUUUCUUCAAAUAGAGAUGUUAAUUUAUUUGAAGUUACAAUUAGAGUAUUAGGAGGUCUAUUAUCAGCAUAUCAUCUUUCAGGUGAUAAGAUUUUCUUAAAUAAAGCUACAGAAUUAGGAGAUCGUUUGAUGCCAGCAUUUUCUACUUCAUCUGGCGUUCCUUAUUCGGACGUAAAUCUUGGAACUAAAACUGCACAUGGUCCUAAAUGGGGUCCAGAUAGCAGUACAAGUGAAGUUACUUCAAUUCAAUUAGAAUUUCGUGAUUUAAGUCGCAGUACAGGAGAUCCUAAAUUCGAAGAAGCAGUAGCAAAAGUGUCGGAACAUGUACAUCAAUUAGAAAAAUAUGAUGGUUUAGUACCCAUUUUCAUUAAUGCUAAUACUGGACAAUUUAGAGAUCAUUCAACAAUUACACUCGGUGCACGCGCUGAUAGUUAUUAUGAAUAUUUAUUGAAACAAUGGCUUCAAACAGGAAAGACUAUUAAUUACUUACGAGAUGAUUAUCUAUUAGGUAUUGCUGGAACUCAAAAGCACUUGGUAAAACGUACAGCAAUUAAUAAAUAUCUUUUCAUAGCAGAACUAGUUGGAGCAAAUAAAGAAAUAACACCAAAAAUGGAUCAUCUUACAUGUUAUUUGGGAGGUACUUUAGCUUUAGGAGUACAUCAUGGUUUACCACCUGAUCAUAUGGAUCUUGCUAAUGAAAUUGUUAAGACUUGUUAUCAAACAUAUGCAAUUCAACCCACAUUCCUUGCUCCAGAAAUUACUUAUUUUAAUAUUCAGAAUACAGAUGGAGAAAAAUCAAUGGAUAUGUAUGUAAAGAUGAAUGAUGCACAUAAUUUACUCAGACCAGAAUUCAUUGAAAGUAUUUUUUAUAUGUGGUAUUUUACUGGGAAUAAGACUUACCAAGAUUGGGGAUGGCAAAUAUUUCAAGCUUUUGAAAAUUAUACGAAAGUAGAAAAAGGAUACACCAGCAUUGGAAACGUGAGAAUUGUUUAUAAUACACCACAAAAGGAUAUGACAGAAAGUUUUUGGUUUGCUGAAACUUUAAAGUAUUUGUACUUGUUGUUUGACGAUACAAGACAAUUAAUAGAUUUAGAUAGAUGGGUAUUUAAUUCUGAAGGACAUCCGCUACCUAUAUACGAAUCGUAAUUAAAUCUGAUCACAAAAUUCA